CCAGAGAUGCUACAGGUAAGUCAGUGGUGAUUAUGGAAGAUGUGCUUUGAGAGAGAGAUGUACUUUUGUUUCUAUUCAGUAGUAUCUGCAUGUUGGACUGAGCCAAUGUUGCCUGGAUUUAAAUGCCUUUAAGUUUGGAGCAGCAAUGCACCACUGCCUGCCCCUCUUAAUUUCCUGCCACCUUGGGCAUAGUGAGAGCAGAUGGCAGCCAGCAUGGAUAGAAGACACACCCCAGUGUGAUUCUGGGAGUCGAUGGGCUGCACAGCAAAGGGAUGUUCUCAGUACCAUGGUGUUACCCUUGUGGAGAUUGUUUGACUGUCUGGUAGUUGUAUCAUUUCACUUUGAGGUAAUAAAUUCCCUGGAUAUUGAGGUUCCUGCUGUGUUGUCUUGGCAGAGUGGUUUUGCCUGAAAAAGAAAGCAAGAGCUUGGCUUUAGGCAGGCACAUGAAAAUGAGGUUGGAGGGGGUGAAAUGUAUGAAGAAUGUUUGGGAAGUGUGGUGCUGCUGUGCUUUCUCAUCCUUCCUGGAGGGUUCUUGUGCUGGUCUCUGAUGAGUUCCAGUUCCCCUGCAUUGUUUGGGCUCUUUAGAGCUUUUUUUUAUCAGACAUCCAAGCACACAGUCCUUGGGCUUGUGUUUCCUAGGGUGAUGGAUUGUGUUCUGAUGUAGCAGAGCUAUUCUUUGCCUUGCUCUGUUAUUUGCUGAGUCCAUUGGAAUGGUGAGAAGUCUGGCGCUCUUGCAGGAGAGGAGGUGCAGAAUCACGGACUGGAGCAAAGCACUAUCUGAAAGGGAUGGAAGGUGAUAGGGUGGAAGAAUUAGACCUGUGGCCGAGGGGCAUAUCUGUCCUCCAUGGUGAGCGUGGUGUAGACAUCUUAAAGAUUGGUAAUAGAAAAGUCAACAGAAGAUACAAGGAUGGAAGUGAAAGAGAAGGGAAGACAGGAGAAAAAGGAAGAUGAAAGAAGAAGAGCGGAAUGGAGAAAGUGUAAGUCAGAACUAUUUGAGGAAGAAAGAAAAGGAGCAAGAAAGACAGAAGGAACAGGAAAGAAGGUGGAGAUGUUAGUGGAGAUCACUAACAGCCAGCAACAUUAUAUUGACCUGACAAAUAGAGCAGAGGUCAAUAUGUUGAUGGAUGCUGUGUAAGGCUUGAUGAAAAAUGACGAGGAAGAUGAAUGAGCUCUGGUCCUUGAAGGGGUGUUCAUGCUCAUGCAUGGUGUAGAUAUAUAGAAAACAUUUUUUUGUGCAGGGGGAAAAGGAAAGAGAAGAGAAAGAUCAGAAUUGAAAGAUGCAGAAAGGUGGAAAGAGAAAACAGAAUGGUAGAAGGGAGAGAAGAAGAGAAGGAAAUAAGGUAUGGAUGGAAAAUGCAAGGAAGGAAGAGAAAAUAGGAAAAAGACAGGAAAAGGACCACAUCACAUCUGGAUGCUGGACACACUUCGUCCUUGCAAGACACCGCUUUGGUUAGAGACCAGCUCUCCGGCGAUGAGGUCCUGUACUUAGCGAUGAUGGCUCCAACUUCUACAGUACUCAGGAGGACUGCGGAGCUGAAAGCAGAGCUACAGCGACAGUGAUGGAAAUUGAAAAGGGAAGCACAAGCAAGGCCAGACAGAAGAAGAAACAAAGGAAGAAGGAAGAGAACAAAGAAGAAAGAUAAGAAACCAUAUAGAAGAUGAUGCAUAUCAAAAUAGAAACAUAAACAUUAGGAAAGAGAAAGGAAGAAUGCAAGAAAAGGGGGAAAUGAGAGAGAGAGAUGAAGGAAAAGGAAACAAGAAGAAAGAGAAAGAAAGGAAGAAGAAAGAAGGGAAGAAAUCUGUUGUGGAGAAAAAAAUCGAGAUAAGAAGGAAAAAUAGAGAAGGGGGGGAGGUGAAGGCUGAAGGCGAGGAGAAUUUCCUAGCUGAGAUGCUCUGGUCCGGAGACGCGCUCGGUGUCGGUCAAUGUCCAAUGCGGCGGAGCAGCACACGGUGUCGCUGCAGGCUCGGAAAAGACGCCGGAGCGGCUCGGCGGCUCCGCCCCGGUGCAGCAGAAACCACGGCUGGAAGCGACGGGGGGGGAGCGGGGCGGCGCCGGGCCGAGAAGGCAGCAGAGCCGGUGCUGGCUGAAGGCAGCGGGGACCCGUGCGGGACCGCGAGCAGAGAUGAGUUUUCGUUGGGGUGCUGCGGUGCAUCUGCUGGUGCUGGUGCGGACCUGGACGCUGGUGGCGGGGCAGGUGCGGUACUCGGUGCCGGAGGAAGCCAAGGUCGGGACGGUGGUGGGGCGGCUGUCGCAGGAGCUGGGUGUGGGCGAUGCGGAGGCGCGGCGGCUGCGUGUGGUGUGGCAGGGCCGGCGGGCGGGCGUGGAGGUGAGCGGGGCGAGCGGGGCGCUGGUGGUGAGCUCGCGUGUGGACCGGGAGGAGCUGUGCGGGAAGAGCGCUCCCUGCUCGCUGCGCCUGGAGCUGCUGCAGGAGCGGCCGCUGCGCGUCUUCCAUGUGGAGCUGGAGGUGACCGACAUUAACGACAACGCCCCGCUCUUCCCCGCCGCGCGGAAAAACAUCAGUUUAUCGGAGAACUCCCCACCCGGUUCCCGUUUCCCUCUGGAGGGCGCCUCGGAUGCAGAUAUCGGAGCGAACGCGCAGCUCUCCUACACGCUCAGCCCCAGCGAUCAGUUUACGCUGGAUGUUAAAUCUCCCGGUGAAAAUAGGAAAUCUUUGUUUCUGGUCCUCUUGAACGCUCUGGACCGGGAGACGGUGCCAGUGCACCGAUUGGUGCUGACGGCAAGUGACGAGGGCCGACCAUCCCUAACGGGAACGAUGGAGCUGCUGAUCUCGGUGCUGGAUGUGAACGACAACAUCCCACAGUUCAACCAGUCGGUGUACAAAGUGAAAUUACCCGAAGAUGCCUUGGAGGGGACGCUGGUGUUGCGAGUGAACGCCACAGAUCCGGACUUGGGAGCAUACGGAGAUGUGGUUUACGAAAUUGAUAAUAUUGUUCCUGCCUCGAGUUCUGAUCCAUUCAGCAUCGAUGCGAACAGCGGCGAGAUCAGACUGACAGGCGCCCUGGAUUAUGAGGCAGUUACUUUCUACGAGCUAAACAUUAAAGCCAAAGAUAAGGGAUUGCCUCCGCUGUUGGGUCACUGCAGCGUGGAGCUGGAGGUGCUGGACGUGAACGACAACGCGCCCGAGGUGUGGGUGACGUCGCUGUCGGUGCCGGUGUCGGAGGACGCGUCGGUGGGGACGGUGGUGGCGCUGCUGAGCGUGUCGGACCGCGACUCGGGGGCGAACGGGCGAGUGCAGUGCUCGGUGUGGCCGUCGUGGCCGUUCGUUCUGGAGUCGAGGUUCCCGGGCUCGUUCUCGCUGGUGCUGCGGGAGGCGCUGGACCGGGAGCGGGUGCGGGAGUACGAGGUGGAGGUGCGUGCGGAGGACGGCGGGAAGCCGCCGCUGCGUGCGAGGCGCGUUGUGCGUGUGCCGGUGUGUGACGUGAACGACAACGCGCCGGCGUUCUCGCAGGCCGUGUACACGGUGCUGGUGCGGGAGAACAACGCGGCGGGCGCGGAGGUGGCGCGGGUGUGGGCGCGGGACCCGGACGAGGCGGAGAACGGUCGCGUGAGGUACUCGCUGUGGGAGGGCGGCGCUGGAGGUGCGUCGGUGGCGGCGGUGGGAUGGCGCCCGGCGUCGAGCUACGUGUCGGUGGAUGGGGAGAGCGGGCGCGUGUGGGCGGUGCAGGCGCUGGACUACGAGGAGCUGCAGGUGCUGCAGUUCGAGGUGCGCGCGGUGGACGCGGGGGAGCCUGCGCUGGUGGGCAACGCGACGGUGCAGCUGUUCGUGGUGGACGAGAACGACAACGCUCCGGUGCUGCUGCCGGCCGCGGGCGGUGCUCCGGGGCUCGAUCCGUUUCUCGGGUCGUCAGUAGAGGAGGUGCCGGUGCCGAACUCGGAGACGCUGUGGGCGUGGGCGGCGUGGGGCGCUGGGGCAGGUCAGGUGGUGGCGAAGAUCCGUGCGGUGGACGCGGACUCGGGCUACAACGCGUGGCUGCGCUACGAGGUGUUGGAGCCGCGGGGGAAGGGCCCGUUCCGCGUGGGUGUGUACAGCGGCGAGGUGAGCACGGCGCGGGCGCUGGAGGAGGCGGACGGCCCGCGUCAGCGGCUGGUGAUCGUGGUGCGGGACCACGGCGAGCCGCCGCGCUCGGCCACGGCCACGCUGAGCGUGUCUCUGGUGGAGGGCGGCGAGAAGGCGCUGUCGGGGUCGUCAUCGUCGGUGCCGGGUGUGCUGUUGCCGGCGGAGAGCGGCGCAGCGGCGGGCAUGGCCUCUGCGUCGACCAACGUGUGGCUGGUGGUGUCCAUCUGCGCGGUGUCGAGCGUGUUCGUGCUGGCGCUGGUGCUGUACGGGGCGUCGCGCUGUGCUCCGCGGGCGGCCGUGCUGUCGGGGCCCGCCGCGGCGACGUUGGUGUGCGCCAGCGAAGUGGGCAGCUGGUCGUACUCGCAGCGCCAGAGCCGGAGCCUGUGCGUGGCGGAUGGGGCGGGCAAGAGCGACCUGAUGGUUUUCAGCCCCAACUUGCCGCCGCCGCCGCCGCCACCGUCUGUCCCCGCAGCCAAGGACACCUCUCAGGCGGAGCCUUCCUCUCUGCUGGACACGGUCAGUGCCCCUCCUUUUCUCGCUCUCCACCCAGCCUUCCUUCUUUAUUAUCAUAUCCUGAAAAUAUUUCUUUCUCUGAAGAAGCAACAACCAGAGAUGCUACAGAGAAGGGGGGGGAAGGUAAAGGCUGAAGGCGAGGAGAAUUUCCUAGCUGAGAUGCUCUGGUCCGGAGACGCGCUCGGUGUCGGUCAAUGUCCAAUGCGGCGGAGCAGCACACGGUGUCGCUGCAGGCUCGGAAAAGACAUCGGAGCGGCUCGGCGGCUCCGCCCCGGUGCGGCAGAGACCACGGCUGGCAGCGACGGUGGGGGGGAAGCGGGGCGGCGCCGGGCCGAGAAGGCAGCAGAGCCGGUGCUGGCGGAAAGCAGCGGGGACCAGUGCAGACCGCGAGCAGAGAUGAGUUUUUGUUGGGGUGCUGCGGUGCAUCUGCUGGUGCUGGUGCGGACCUGGUCGCUGGUGGCGGGGCAGGUGCGGUACUCGGUGCCGGAGGAAGCCAAGGUCGGGACGGUGGUGGGGCGUCUGGCGCAGGAGCUGGGUGUGGGCGAUGCGGAGGCGCGGCGGCUGCGUGUGGUGUGGCAGGGCCGGCGGGCGGGCGUGGAGGUGAGCGGGGCGAGCGGGGCGCUGGUGGUGAGCUCGCGUGUGGACCGGGAGGAGCUGUGCGGGAAGAGCGCUCCCUGCUCGCUGCGCCUGGAGCUGCUGCAGGAGCGGCCGCUGCGCGUCUUCCAUGUGGAGCUGGAGGUGACCGACAUUAACGACAACGCCCCGCUCUUCCCCGCCGCGCGGAAAAACAUCAGCAUGGCGGAGUUAACCACGGUACCGGGUACUCGUUUCCCGCUGGAGGGCGCCUCGGAUGCAGAUAUCGGAGCGAACGCGCAGCUCUCCUACACGCUCAGCCCCAGCGAGCACUUUACCCUGGAUGUUAAAUCUCCUGAUGAGAACAGGAAAUCUUUGUUUCUGGUCGUCUUGAAAGCUCUGGACCGGGAGACGGUGCCAGUGCACCGAUUGGUGCUGACGGCAAGUGACGAGGGCCGACCAUCCCUAACGGGAACGAUGGAGUUGCUGAUCUCGGUGCUGGAUGUGAACGACAACAUCCCACAGUUCAACCAGUCGGUGUACAAAGUGAAAUUACCCGAAGAUGCCUUGGAGGGGACGCUGGUGUUGCGAGUGAACGCCACAGAUCCGGACUUGGGAGCAUACGGAGAUGUGGUUUACGAAAUUGAUAAUAUUGUUCCUGCCUCGAGUUCUGAUCCGUUCAGCAUCGAUGCGAACAGCGGCGAGAUCAGACUGACAGGCGCCCUGGAUUAUGAGGCAGUUACUUUCUACGAGCUAAACAUUAAAGCGAAAGAUAAGGGAUUGCCUCCGCUGUCCGGUCACUGCAGCGUGGAGCUGGAGGUGCUGGACGUGAACGACAACGCGCCCGAGGUGUGGGUGACGUCGCUGUCGGUGCCGGUGUCGGAGGACGCGUCGGUGGGGACGGUGGUGGCGCUGCUGAGCGUGUCGGACCGCGACUCGGGGGCGAACGGGCGAGUGCAGUGCUCGGUGUGGCCGUCGUGGCCGUUCGCUCUGGAGUCGAGGUUCCCGGGCUCGUUCUCGCUGGUGCUGCGGGAGGCGCUGGACCGGGAGCGGGUGCGGGAGUACGAGGUGGAGGUGCGUGCGGAGGACGGCGGGAAGCCGCCGCUGCGUGCGAGGCGCGUUGUGCGUGUGCCGGUGUGUGACGUGAACGACAACGCGCCGGCGUUCUCGCAGGCCGUGUACACGGUGCUGGUGCGGGAGAACAACGCGGCGGGCGCGGAGGUGGCGCGGGUGUGGGCGCGGGACCCGGACGAGGCGGAGAACGGUCGCGUGCGGUACUCGCUGUGGGAGGGCGGCGCUGGAGGUGCGUCGGUGGCGGCGGUGGGGUGGCGCCCGGCGUCGAGCUACGUGUCGGUGGAUGGGGAGAGCGGGCGCGUGUGGGCGGUGCAGGCGCUGGACUACGAGGAGCUGCAGGUGCUGCAGUUCGAGGUGCGCGCGGUGGACGCGGGGGAGCCUGCGCUGGUGGGCAACGCGACGGUGCAGCUGUUCGUGGUGGACGAGAACGACAACGCUCCGGUGCUGCUGCCGGCCGCGGGCGGUGCUCCGGGGCUCGAUCCGUUUCUCGGGUCGCCAGUAGAGGAGGUGCCGGGCGCGAACUCGGAGACGCUGUGGGCGUGGGCGGCGUGGGGCGCUGGGGCAGGUCAGGUGGUGGCGAAGAUCCGUGCGGUGGACGCGGACUCGGGCUACAACGCGUGGCUGCGCUAUGAGGUGUUGGAGCCGCGGGGGAAGGGCCCGUUCCGCGUGGGUGUGUACAGCGGCGAGGUGAGCACGGCGCGGGCGCUGGAGGAGGCGGACGGCCCGCGUCAGCGGCUGGUGAUCGUGGUGCGGGACCACGGCGAGCCGCCGCGCUCGGCCACGGCCACGCUGAGCGUGUCUCUGGUGGAGGGCAGUGAGAAGGCGCUGGCAGUGGCGGGGUCGUCAUCGUCGGUGCCGGGUGUGCUGUUGCCGUCGGAGGGCGGCGCAGCGUCGGGCAUGGCUUCUGCGUCGACCAACGUGUGGCUGGUGGUGUCCAUCUGCGCGGUGUCGAGCGUGUUCGUGCUGGCGCUGGUGCUGUACGGGGCGUCGCGCUGUGCUCCGCGGGCGGCCGUGCUGUCGGGGCCCGCCGCGGCGACGCUGGUGUGCGCCAGCGAAGUAGGCAGCUGGUCGUACUCGCAGCGCCAGAGCCGGAGCCUGUGCGUGGCGGAUGGGGCGGGCAAGAGCGACCUGAUGGUUUUCAGCCCCAACUUGCCGCCGCCGCCACCGUCUGUCCCCGCAGCCAAGGACACCUCUCAGGCGGAGCCUUCCUCUCUGCUGGACACGGUGAUCUUGGUAGACUUGGUGUGUCCUGUUGUCAUGCAUGGCUCUUCCUGACGUACACACCAAACCCUGCACAGCAGCCCAGCAGCCCAGCUCUGGUUUUCUCUGGUACAGAUUCUCCUACUCAGUUGAUACCGUGAGAGGACUUCUGCUUCAGCAUUUGUGCUAGCUUGAGCCUAGCUGGGAUAUUUUUGUGAGAGAAAUUAGGUUACAGGUUGUGAAAAGGAAACA